AUGCAUCUCUUCGCCCUUCUGGGCGCCCUCGCGCUCCUGAUCGUCUCCGUCAUUGCUGAUAUCUCGACUGAUGUCUACUACUGGCCCGUGGGGGCUGCCAGACCAUCUGUUCUCGCCCGUAUCGCCUUCGAUCCGGCCUCGUUGAAGUCCGAGCUGGUGUCCUAUCACCCACCCACCGAUACCCGCGACGGCCUCGUUCGAGUUGGCCUCUACACGUCGACUCCCACCAAUUCUAAGCAAUGGAUUGGAAGCCUCGUCUCAGUUGCCUCGUUAGUUGGUGAAAACCGACCCACCCUGCGACUUCACCUCGGUCCUGCCAGCGAUGUGUACCACAUCUCGGUGGCCUCGAGCAUAGGAACCAAGGCCACCGGCCCCCAUGUGGAGCUAGUACCGAGUCAGCCCGGCGCUCAACCACACCUGAACCGCCCGGUCGUUGUCAACCCCGAUGGAGGGAAGACAGAGGAGGUGGUGGAGAAGUCCUUCUUGCAGAAGUAA